AUAAUACUCUCAACGAACCCAAAUCUCCAACGACAAACAGCCUUAGUUUCUCUUGAAGUUUCAAGAGCGACUUCUGCUUUUCGAGAUGGGUGCGGACAUGGAGAUUCCGGUGGGCACUCCGAUUGUGCCAGUUGCACAGGAGCAGAGUGAGCAGGCUCAGCCUAUUGGCGGGGACCUCCCCGCACAUCUGUCUCAUGACCCUCAGCACAACAUGAAACGAACCGACCCUUUCCAGUUUGGAUCGCGGUUACUCAAAGAGGAGGAUAACGUAUUUGAAUUUAACGCGUGGGACCAUGUGGAAACAGAUAAUGCCUACAAGGAGUAUUCUGAAGUACAAUAUGCGAAGCAGCGUGAAGCUCCGGUUUCUGAUUUUGACAAGAACAGAUUUAACUCCGAUCCCGCUAAGUGGUGGAACCAGUUCUAUAAAAACAACACGUCCAAUUUCUUCAAAGACCGCAAGUGGCUUCGCCAGGAGUUCCCCGUGCUUGCCGAAGUCACGCUCGCAGACUACGGUCCCUGCACGCUCCUUGAGGUCGGUGCCGGUGCUGGCAACACCGCCUUUCCUAUUAUUGCAAAUAAUCAAAAUCCAAACCUUAAAAUCCAUGCCUGCGAUUUCUCCAAGAUAGCCGUCGAAGUGAUGCGUGAGAAUGAUGCCUAUAAUACGAGUCAAAUCCAGGCCGACGUCUGGGACGCCGCGGGGCAAGAUCUCCCGCCGGGACUCGCCGAGGGCUCUGUAGAUGUCGUCCUGAUGAUAUUCAUAUUCUCCGCUCUCUCGCCGACGCAGUGGCAGCAGGCUGUGUCGAACAUCUUCCGCGUGCUGAAGCCAGGCGGCGAGGUACUAUUCCGGGACUAUGGCCGUGGAGAUCUGGCUCAGGUCCGCUUCAAGAAGGGACGGUACAUGGAAGAGAACUUUUAUGUUCGUGGGGAUGGCACGAGGGUUUACUUCUUCGAGAAGGACGAGCUGGAAAAGAUUUGGUCGGGCGAGGCUGCGUCUGCUGGCCCAGGAUUUGAGAUUGUCAGCUUGGGCGUGGAUCGCAGACUGCUUGUCAAUCGUGCCAAGCAGCUCAAGAUGUAUCGAUGCUGGAUGCAGGGGCGGUUUCGCAAGGCCGGAGGCACUGCAAGCAGUUCGGAGGUCGUCAGUUGAACGAAACUGCGAUCAUCACCCGAAAUAAAGAGAACGCCCGGCUCCCCAUGCCUUACAAAGUCAAGAGGACGCCAAGAUACGCUUGAGAGCAAGUAGGCGUUGAUGCUCAGAGCAACAUGGCGAUAUCAGAUGCACCUACCGGAGGACUUGGGCAUGGUUGGAUUAGACAAGAGCCCUUCUUCCCCUGGUCGAAGCUCAACAGCUGUGUGAAGGUUUUGCCUCUUCAGUAAUUGUUGAGGCUUCUCAAGGGCUGAGAUUCCAUGAGGCAAUUUCUGCCUCCUAAGUGACUGGCGUCAAGGAGACUGAUGUUCUAGAUAGUCUCGAGCAGAUGAGUGUAUAUAGGCAAUAGAAUUAAAUAAAGGGCCUAUAUAAAAAUGCA